UCCCCGCCCCUCGGAGCAGGCGCCCCGGCUGCCCCGGAAGUGGCUGGAGAGGCGGCGGCGGCGGGAGCGCGGAGCGGAGCCGCGGGCACCGUCCCAAUGUCCGGCUUCGUCACCAACCCGUUCGCCGACCCGGUGGACAUCAACCCCUUCCAGGAUCCCUCAGUGACCCAGCUCACAAACACCAGCCAGAGUGGCUUGGAUGAAUUCAACCCCUUCUCUGAGAGCUCCCAGCUGACAAAUGCAGCACGGACGACGCCGGCCACGCAGCCUCCUGGGCACUCGCAGCCCGCUGUUCUGCAGACAUCCCUGGAACCCACUCCCCAGGCUGUGGCCGCAGCAGCCCAGGCUGAGCUGCUCCAGCAGCAGGCAGAGUUAGAGAGGAAAGCAGCAGAGCUGGAGAAGAAGGAGAGGGAACUGCAGAGCAGUGCUGCCAGCUUUGACCCGAGGCAGAACAACUGGCCACCUCUCCCCAAGAAGUGUCCCAUCAAGCCGUGUUUUUAUCAGGAUUUCUCUGCAGACAUCCCAGCAGACUACCAGCGGAUAUGCAAGAUGUUGUAUUACUUGUGGAUGUUUCACUCGAUUACCCUGCUCCUAAACCUCCUUGCUUGCCUGGCGUGGUUCACAGUGGAUUCAGCCAGAGGAGUAGACUUUGGUCUCUCCAUCCUGUGGUUUGUUUUAUUCACCCCUUGUGCCUUUCUCUGUUGGUACCGACCGAUUUACAAGGCUUUCAGGUCUGACAGCUCCUUCAGCUUCUUCGUCUUCUUUUUCAUCUUCUUCUGCCAAAUAGCAAUCUACAUCAUCCAGGCAGUUGGAAUUCCUGGCUGGGGAGACAGCGGGUGGAUCGCGGCGCUGACGGAGCUGCCGGGGAACCUGGCUGUGACAGUCAUCAUGAUGGUGGUGGCAGGGUUCUUCACGCUCUGUGCCGUGCUCUCCCUCUUCCUCCUGAAGCAGGUGCAUUCCCUGUACCGGCGCACAGGAGCCAGUUUCCAAAGGGCCCAGGAAGAGUUUUCCCAAGGCAUCCUCACCAACAGGAGCUUCCAGACGGCCGCCAGCGGGGCAGCCUCCUCCGCUGCACGGAAUGCUUUCCGGGGGAAUUAACCCUCCUGGGAUGCCUCCUCUCCACUUCCUCUCCCAUCAUCACCCCAACCUUCAGGUUUUUUUGUUGUUUUGUUGUUGUUGUUGUUUUUUCUAAAGAUGCACUUUUUUGGGGGUGCUGUGUUAACUCUGUGACACGCCGGCUCCAGAUGAAGAAGAGGUUUGGGUUGGUUUUGGUUUUUUCCCAAGCUUCAUCUGGCUGACCUUGGUGACGAUUAGUUUCCUCUGUCUUGUUUUAGGCUGGGGGGGGAUAGGGGAGACGUUCUCUGAAGCAAAUAUAUUUCCCUACCCAGGACA